AUGACCAUUAAAUUCUAUAUCAUGGUAUCUGAUGAGGUCAUGGAGAAAAGUGAAACAUCUAAGAAUUCCUUAAAAUAUUUCUUGCUGAAGUUGGAAUGCCACUUUACUUGGAACUUACAGAAGGAAGACAUUGAAGUACCUUAUACAGAAGAAAGAAUUGAUGAUCAGCUGGAAUAUCUGACCAUUAAAUCCAAAGUCUCACUUUUCAACCUACUAGCCUAUGUGAAACAUCUGAAUGGCCAAAAUAAAGAGGCUUUAGAAAGCCUAAAAAAUGCCGAAGGAAGCAUUCAACAGGACUAUGCUGACCAAAUGGAAAAGCGAAGCAUCGUGACCUGGGGAAACUAUGCCUGGAUCUAUUAUCACAUGGACAGACUUCCUGAAGCCCAGACUUACUUGGACAAGGUGGAAGCAAGUUGUAAGAAGCUGUCAAGUGCCUUCCAGUACAAGGUUGACCUUCCAGAGAUAGACUGUGAAAAAGGCUGGUCUCUGCUCAAAUUUGGAGGGAGGUAUUAUGAGAGGGCCAAAGCCUGUUUUGAAAAGGCCCUGCAGUCAGACCCUGAGCACCCUGAAUUUAACACUGGAUUUGCCAUUGUCAUGUACCGUAUGGAUGACUUUCAUAAAGAUGGGACUGAUAGUAAAAGCCUUUCUCUGAGCCCUUUGAAGAAGGCACUUAGCCUGGAUCCAGAAAGUACAUUUCUGAAGGUUCUCUUGGCACUAAAGCUUCAGGAUAUAGAUGAAAGCUCUAAAGGAGAAAAAUACAUUAAGGAAGCCCUUGACCAAGUACCAGUUGGCCCCUAUAUCCUUCGCUAUGCAGCAAAAUUUUACCGCCGACAAAACAACCCAGAGAAGGCUAUUGAGCUCUUAAAAAAAGCCUUCAGACUGGUACCAACCUCUGCUUUCCUCCAUCACCAAAUGGGCCUUUGUUAUAGGUCUCAAAUGAUCCAAAUCAAAAAGGCCACAAGAAACAAGCCAAGGGGAAAGGACAAAGAGGAAGUUGACAGGCUAGUCCGAACUGCUAUAUUUUAUUUUGAAGCAGCCAUUAAACAAAAACCUUUGUUUGUGUUUGCUUACUUAGAUUUAGCCAAUAUGUACUCUGAAGCAAAUCGGUUUAGUGAUGCAGAGGAGAUAUUUAAAAAAGUCCUGGGCCUGGAGCAUGUAAGAGAAGAGGAGAAGCAACAAGCCCAUUUCCAUUAUGGCCGCUUCCUGGAACAUAGCAGGAAGGCUCAAGAUGUCGCCAUUUACCAUUAUUUAGAAGGGAUAAAGAUAAAUCCCAAGUCUUGCACCAAACUUGUAGGGGCUUUACAGAAAUUAGCUGCCAAACGGCUAAGUCAGAAUUCUUUAGAUACAAAGAGUUUGGGAGCUCUUGGCUUCAUUCACAAGCUGAAGGGAGAAAAGGAAGAAGCUUUACAAUAUUAUGAAAAGGCCCUGAAGCAGGAUCCUAGUAACACUGAAUAUAUCAGUGCCCUGUUAGAGCUGCGCCUCUCCAUUUAA